AUGGCAGAGGAGUAUUAUUUGAAACCACCACGAGACCAACUGUUCUACAUUUUCGUAAUAUUUAUAAUGACAAUUUUCGGGUUAGCCGACAAUAAAUGGUGGGAAAUUAAUUUUUCACCAAAAUUACAAAGUAUUCUUUACACUCAUGCGACUUUAGUGAAACUUCUUGCUCCUACCGUAUUAUUUAUGUUGACAAUAUCAUUUUUUGAUUACGAAAAACUAAAUUUUGAGACUUUGGGCAUAAUGUUCUCGGUCUUACCUGUUUCCUUGAUUAUUUCUGCACGAUUUAAAAGUUAUGAAAAAUUAAUGAGAGAUUUUAAUGACAAGAUUCAUCUGCGCAGUUAUUAUAUGAAAAAGAAAGACGACUUUGUGAAAUUGAACAUCAUAAAAAUUGAGAAAUACACGCGACGCACAUUUUAUUUCCUCGGCGUUUUCUUAAUGACUGACUGGUGCUCGUGGGUCAUUAUACCAAUUCUGAAUAACAUUCAAAACAGUGAAUUAAUUGCGAACAAAACGACAAGACUACAAACAUGUUUGUACCUAUGGAUGCCGUUUGAUUACUCUUACAACUACAAUAGAUGGAUCCUGAUGCAUAUUUUAAGUGCAUAUUUAACAUUCGGUGGAUGUUCAUUGAUAACAGUUUUCGACACUAUAAAUUUAGCAUUCGUUUUCAACUUGAUCGCCCAUAUAAAGAUAUUAAAAUAUACUAUCAAAAAUAGAUUUUUAGAUAAAACUAUGACGAAUGAAGCUCAUUAUAAGGAAUUGGUGGAAGUUAUUAAAACCCACACUUUUAUUGUCAAAACAUUUGAUGAAUUGCAAUCAGCUUAUGGAAUAAAUGUAGCUGGAAAUUAUUUGCAGAAUUUGCUAGAAGACAGCCUGUUGUUAUACCAGUUGAUGUUUGCGGAGAAAGGGUUUAAAAUAACUUAUGGUAUAAUGCUCAUUGUGUACAUGGGUGAACUUGUUCUAAUGUCGUUUGUCUUGGAAGAGGUUCGUAGGCAGAGUGAUGACUUACCCCAAGUGUUGUACAGCAUCCCGUGGGAAGACAUGUCCGUGUCUAAUCAAAAGAUUUUCAAACUAGUUCUGUUGAGAUUCCAACCAAUUUUGUCGUUUAAGGCCGCUUGUGGCCUCAAAGCUGGUGUUAAACCGAUGAUGUCGAUACUGAAAUCGACAUUUUCGUAUUACAUUAUGUUGAAAUCUAGUGUAGAAACAAAAUAG